AUGGAAAGAGUCGAGCUCAAGCAUACCAUCCAUGUCUUUGACGAUGAAACAGCCUCGGAGAUGACGAGCCGACUCCCAUACAACCCGAUCAACUCGAUUCUUCUAGCGACGGUCCAGCAAACCAUGACCAAGCAAAGCCUUGAUCUCGACAAACCUUUUCGUGUUCUCUACCUUGGGAACUCGGAGUACCGGAACAUUAUACUGGAUAAGAUCGGCGAUGUCUUGGUGUCAAGCUCAACUACUGGGUCGCAGUCUAGCUCUGCCGAGUCCUCUCGAUAUCAUGUUGUACCGACUUCAUUCGGAGUUGGAGCAGUUCCAAAUUUUGCAGAGCUUCUUCCCAUUCAUGUUCAGCUUGUGGUAGAUGAAUGCACGGAAGCUAGCUCCGACGCUCAUGCGGACCGCCCGAGCACAUUGCAUUUAAAUUUCAAGAACCGCCCUCCAUGCCGUUCGCAGUGGCUCGACAACAGAUAUCAAGUCUCGUCCCCUUCUGAGUGGACUUUGCCAGAUGUGGCUAUCAUCUUCGUAUCCACCUGCGAUAACGCAGCCGCUGUGAAGACACGACGUCUCGCUCAUAUUUUCUUGGAACGACAUGCGAUUCCGGCAAUGGUGAUCUCGGAAGAGCCUAUCUGGAGACGAGCCGGUGAGGCUAUCCCUCUUAACCACCACAGCCUCCAUACUUGCCUGGAGUCACGUCACGCGGAAACUGGGAAGACAGCGGUGCUUAAGCGUUACCCCAUCGAUUUGACGACGUUUGAGAGCAUCACGCCGAGCCAGCUCAACCGAAACCUGGCGUCCCUUAUGGACAUAUACCCGAAGAAGACACUCAAAGCAACCUCUGAUCUGCCUAAGCCUGCAGCGGGGAACUCGCUUGCGGACCGCGAGAAGUAUUCACGCAACUGGAUUCCACCAACAUACGCCGCCUGGACCCGCGAAUUGGGACCUCUCCUCCGCCUUGUCACAUUGACCCUCAUCUCGGCCGUGGUCCUGUCAAUUGGCUACUCGGCGUUAAAGGCAGUCUCUAUCUUUUUUGCACAACUGAUUGCUGGUUCAGCACUGUCUCAUUCGUUGUCUCAGACGUCAACCACCUCGAUUCCGACAGCAGCCCUGAACUUGGAAGGCGUGGGACAGACGGCGCUGUCUAUUCGACCAUCCGGAGAUGUCGAGUUGGGAAAUGCUGCAAUUUCUGACUUGAUUGUUUCUUCGCCAUCGGCUCUUUCCAUUGCGACAUCAGGCUCCUCUUUGGGUACUGAUGACUUUGAGAUUCAGGUCGUUGGGGACUGUCAUGUAGUCAUCAAGCCCCCUCGCAGCCUUUCUACCUUCAGAAAACAGCGGCGGUUCGACGUGAGUGUCCAUCGGAAUGGUAGAUCUCUCCCUCAUGAAUUAUCUCGCCUCUUCGAUGGCGUCUAUACGCUGAGGUUGGAUCGGGAGGACGCCUAUGGCUUGGUUGAUGUGACCGUCACAUCCAAGUCAAAUCAUCCAGUUAACCAAACCAUGACAAUUGACUUCGGAACCCCGGGGCUCAAGAUUGCCAACUGGCGACGAGCGGCACAGAACAUCUCUUCUCAAAUUACGAAGGACUUGCAGGUUGCCCAAACGGGGCUCAGUGAAGUCUAUGGCCGUCUCACCACCGAUCUCCAGGUAAUUAUGGGAGAUGUUGUCAAGCGAUCACACUUCUUGUGGGAAGAUGCCGAGAAUUUCCGGCGUGAGGGCCUACACGCUGGCGAUAUUGUUCUGGCCCGGUCGAAGCAGCUCUCGGAAGUCAUCACCCGUAAUGCUGUGCAGCGAUUUCAGAGCGUUUCCUCCGUUCUCCAAAGCCGCUCCGUGAAAGUGAAUCGGGGGGGCCAAAGGGAUCGUGAGUGA